CGCAGUAUGGCGGCCGCCUUGCUCCGUUAGCGCCUCGCUAGGCUGCGGGAGAGAGAGGAGCCGCGGUCGGGGCCGCAGCUGGGGUCGCACCUGGCCGCCGACGGUCCGAGCACUGGGCUGUCCCUUCGCCGGGCAGCGCGGACGGUCCGAGCGAGCGCCCCUGAGCCUCGUAACCGAGCAGGGAGUCUCCCCUCCCCCUCGGCCACCCAGCAUGAGCAACAUUUACAUCCAGGAGCCGCCCACGAACGGCAAGGUUUUAUUGAAAACAACAGCUGGUGACAUUGACAUAGAACUAUGGUCAAAAGAGGCUCCCAAAGCAUGUCGAAAUUUCAUUCAACUUUGUAUGGAAGGUUAUUAUGACAACACAAUAUUUCAUAGGGUUGUACCUGGUUUUAUAGUCCAAGGAGGAGAUCCCACUGGUACUGGAACUGGUGGAGAGUCUAUCUAUGGAGCCGCUUUCAAGGAUGAAUUUCACUCACGAUUGCGUUUUAAUCGGAGGGGACUGGUUGCCAUGGCAAAUGCUGGACCUCAUGAUAAUGGCAGCCAAUUUUUCUUUACCUUGGGUCGUGCAGAUGAACUUAACAAUAAACAUACCAUUUUUGGAAAGGUAACAGGAGACACAGUAUACAAUAUGCUGAGAUUAACAGAAGUGGACAUUAAUGAAGAAGAAAGGCCACUUAAUCCACAUAGAAUAAGAAAUUGUGAGGUUUUAUUUAAUCCUUUUGAUGACAUCAUACCAAGAGAGAAUAAGAAGCCAAAAAAGGACAAACCAGAAGAUGAAGUAAAGAAAUUAACAACUAAAGGCACAAAGAAUUUUAGUUUACUUUCAUUUGGAGAAGAAGCUGAAGAGGAAGAAGAAGAAGUAAACCGAGUUAGCCAGAGCAUGAAGGGAAAAAGCAAAAGUAGUCAUGACUUGCUCAAGGAUGAUCCACAUCUCAGUUCAGUUCCAGUUGUUGAAAGUGAAAAGGGCACAGAUUCAAUGACAGGAGAUUCAGAUGAUAAUGAAGAUGAAUGUGAAGAAGAUGAAAAUGAUAGUGAUGAAAAGAAUCUAAUGAAAGAGCGAAUUGCCAAAAAAUUGAAAAAGGAUAGAAGUGAAAAUGUUAAAUCUGCUAAAGAAAUAGAUAAAGAAAUAGAGAAGAAAUCACCUAGCCGCAGUGAGGAGCUCAAGAAAGAAGUCCGACUCCUAAAGCGAGAACUCUUAGCUGCAAAAAGAAAGAAAGAAGAUGACACUUUUGCCAAACAAGCCGAAAAGAGAACGGAAGAGGAAGAUGAUGCUUCAGAUAAUGCUGUUGCUGAAUAUCGAAGAGAAAAGAAAAAAUAUGAAGCUUUAAAGAAGCAACAGCCAAAAAAAGGAUCAUCCCGGGAAGAACAGACACUGGCAUUGUUGAAUCAGUUUAAAUCUAAGCUCACUCAAGCCAUCUCCGAAACUCCUGAAAAUGAAACUUCUGAAACUGAAGUGGAAGAUGAUGAAGGAUGGAUGUCCCAUGUGCUUCAGUUUGAGGAUAAAAGCAGAAAGGUGAAAGAUGCAAGUAUGCAGGACGAAGACACUUUUGAAAUCUAUGAUCCCCGGAAUCCAGUGAAUAAGAGAAGAAGAGAAGAAAGCAAAAAGAUCAUGCGGGAGAAAAAAGAAAGAAGAUAAAAAGAGAAUAUUGCUCACCAUAACUCACUGGAAAAGUGAUGGCAGUCUAAAUGCCCUUAUAAAAAGCCAUUGUUCCCCAAAGCAUCACUCAAGGGUGUGAAAAAUAUUUUAUGAACCUGUUGUCUGGUUUUGAGACACAAUUAUCUUUUUACGAUUGCGCAAUGAAGUAAGUGAUUUGGAUGAUACAGAGUAGUCCAAGUUUUCCAUGAUGUUUUUUCUUACUUAGAAUUUUGUAUGACCGAUUCUGAAUUAAAAUAGUUUUUAUUCCUGUCUACAUGUAACCACUCGCACGUUGUACCAACCGUGUUUUAUCUUUUCAGCCCCAAAAGUUGAAAGUUACUUAAGAGAUACCCACAGAAAUAAAAUCCAAAGAAAGCUUUCCUGAAUGUUCGUUGCUGCAUUGCUGAUUUUUGCGAGCUAUUUAAAGCUAAUGAGAUGAUUAAGUGUAAUGAUACUUGGGUUGAGUUCAGCACAUACAUGUGGGAGCAUUGCUACACCACUGAGAUUCAGUAGCACUGUGUCUUAAACCCUAGAAAACAGAUGUGCAGUUUGAGAAGGUCAGCACUGACUGGGUGAUCAGUUGGUUCCAAUUCUGUCAGAACUCCGUUAAAAACUCAUUUGAAGUUGGGGUUAAAUUCCUUUCACUGUGCAAACUGUACUUUGUAAAAAUCCUUGGAAGUGAGAUGGGAGCAGCAUGUUUGGGCCACGAUGAGUUUUCUUUAGAACGCCUCAUGAUCCUCCAGUUUGAAUGGGAGCAAUGACCUCAAAAAAAAAUUAGAACAUUGUGGACUAUUUUAAAAAGCAGUUUCAAAGAGAAAAAUGAGAACUAUUAUAUCAGGAAAUUCUUCCUUGAAUUUCAUAAGUAAAACUAAUUUUAUAUUUACUUAAGGUUUAUUUUUCUUCUUUUUCUUUUUGGUCCAGAGGCUUUUAUUCUGUAGUACCAGACUAAAAAGCUUCUUCUGAUUAUAUUACUUGAAUGUCUAUGAUAUACUUGGUGUUCUAGAGAACACGGGAGGAGACUACCAAGAUUUUUUUUUUCUGGCAGCUAAACCAUCACUCUGCUUGCUAAAAGCAACUAGGCAGUUAAAGUUAGGCAUCACAUCUUGCUUUCUCCCCUUCUCAGUUAAUGUUUGGAGUCCAUACAGAUCUAGCUAGAAUUUCUAAGAAGACAAUUAAAAUGUAUGGCAUGCCACAGCCCAUCAGCAUGUCCUGCAGACUGUACCUACAGUGACACACUCUGCUCCCUCUAAAAAUGGCGCUGCCAGGGGCCAAGGUCAUUCCAAAGUGUGAGAAGACAAGUGGUUUGGCUGCUAUUGCUUUUAGAACAAGAUCAGUAAGGUAUGAUGUCCUUAUCCAACUGCCACUACCAAGUUUCCUGAUAAGGUCUGAUGUGUGAGGUACAUAAACCUGUCUCACUAUAUUAAUGUGGUCUGCGUGGCAAAGGUUAGAUGGAUGCAAAAUUCUGCCGAAAUGUGCUUUGUAAUCUAUGAGAUAAUGAGAAAGAAAACGGAGGUGUGAAGUGAGGUCCCAUAGAAACUUGUUGCUGUUCUUGUCUGGGUCGAAGCAACUGUAUGUCGGAGGUGUGGAGAGGUUAAGAGGGGUCACAUUCUCAAACACUGUCAUUCAUAAAAAAGCAAGUCUGUGGUUUCUGUUCUUUGAAUCUGUUCCCAUGGCUGCCUGACCUUAUCUGUUGGUGCCAUUUCUGCUUACUAGAGAGCAGGGGAUGCUUUUCCUCUCUGGGGCAUGUACUCCAUCUCCUUGAUUCCUUUUUUUAGCUGCUUUAAUGAAACAAAGACUUGAAACAACUCAAAUUUUUGAGGAAUACUUUCUAAUAAGUGCUUGUUGGGAUGAUCAAAAAAGUGUUGAGACAAAGUUAAGUCCAUGACAGUUUGUGUGUGUGAACUGUAAGGAAGGUUCCACAAAGAUUCUUUAGAUAAUGAUUUCAGUCCUCAGUACUUUAUCAUACUCUGGAAAACAUCCCAGAGAGUCUUUGGAAUUGUCACAUUCUAAUGUUGUUUAUCUACUUAGUUUGCAUUUCUUGACAUUUCAUUUUUUUUUUAAUAAAUAUACUUGUAAUCACAAUUUUUUCCUUAAUUAAUGAAUCCUACAGUUUAUUUGUAAGAUCCAUUCAUAGCUCCAUUUUUGUAAUUAUUUUGAAUACUUAUAGAAUGUUCUUUGUUGGCACUAAAGAUGUAUGCCAUAAACUUGUGAAAAGAUUUUGGAGAACUUAAUCUUCUGCCAGCAUCACAUACCUAAUGAGAUAAAUCACCUUGCUAUAUAUUUGUUGUAUGUAAUUAUUCUUAAGUCUUCUCGUAUUUUAGGAAUGACUUGGCCUAGCCCCCAGCAACAACCUCUAUGCAUUUUUGUAGCCGGUUCAACAUAUCCAAUCCUCUGUUGAUUUCAUUUUCCUUAGCUCUUUGGCUCAUCUGUUUGUUUCUGCUUUUACUUUUUGCUAUAAUUCAUCGUAGAUUCAUGCCGCAAGAUGCAAGUAGACCUCACAGGGAAAAGGGGCUUACAAAUGUAAAUUCCAUUUCCUUUGGUUACUGCCUUUAAAUAACCAAGUACAGAAUAUAUCCCAGAAAAGAAAGAAGAGGGGAGAGAGAGAGAUUCUUACCUGGAGAGAAGACUGGAAGACAAUCUUUUCUCUAGGUAAUUAAAUGCAGACAGCAGUCUGGUCUCUCUCUCUUCCACAUCUGCUCGAUAUUAUUCCUUUAACUUUUUUUUUUCUUUUAGAUUAGAUCAUGGUAUUAACUCAUUUUACCUGAUCCACAGAAACAUCUUUUUGAAAGCCACCUUCUUGACGACAGCCAAACGACGGUCCUCUAGAUCUUUGCAAAAAUGGAUUGGCUCAUCUUCCCUGUUUGAUGAACAAUAGCCAUUUCAAACAUUCCACGUAAUCUUCUGACCUUUUACUAAUGUUUAGGAUAAUCUUAGGAUAAUCUUUACCAAAAAUCACCAUACUUUUUUUCCACAGUUAGUAACGGUGCUUGUUUUGUUGUAAGUACUCAAAAUGUAAAUCAUAAAACAUAUUUAUUUGAAAAA